GAGAGAGAGAGGGGUGGCCGAAGAAAGGCAGACAGGGAGGCUCAACUGUGAAUGUUAGUUCUGGUAUUAGUAAUUCAAAAGCUGAAGACAAAGCCGGCUACAGCUCUGUCACAACAACUACAACGCUACCAAUUAUCUUCAGACUUUUUGUUCCCUUCACCCAAAGCAAUCCAAAGGGGGGCCUUUCUCAUUAUACUUUCCUCCUCCUCUUCUUGCUCUUUAAUUUUUGUCUAGUACUAGUUUUCUCUCUUCCUGCCUCUUCAGUGGCCUUGUCCUAAAUAUCUUUCAUUAACAUAUUUGUUUCCACUAGAUUGGGAUUUGAUUUGAUAUUCUCAAUCUUCCUACAAAAGGGGUUGACUGUUUCUGUCUGAUACGAGGGGAAUGGGCUCAUUAAUAUAAGAAGCUGAUUGAUUUGGAUUACAUCAGAUAGAAUAGAAUUAAGGAUAUAAUAGCUCAGAAAGAUUUGAUCUUUGGGGAGGUUGGAUAAAUGGGUUGUUUUCCUUGUUUUGAUUCAAGAGAGGAGGAAAAGCUGAAUCCUCAGAAUGACAGAGAUGGUCCUAAAGAAGUCCACCCAGCUAUCCCCUCUAACUUCUCCAGAUUAUCUUCUGGAGCUGAUAGACUCAAAACAAGAAGCAACGUUGGGUCGAGAAAAGAGUCAUCAGGGCUAAAGGAUAUGCCUGAUGUGCAGAUUGCUGCACAAACAUUCACUUUUCGCGAGCUUGCUGCUGCAACAAACAAUUUCAGGCAAGAGUCUUUCUUAGGUGAAGGAGGAUUUGGACGAGUAUAUAAAGGGCAGCUUCCGUCUGGUCAGGUUGUUGCAGUUAAGCAAUUGGAUAGAAAUGGGCUUCAGGGUAACCGGGAAUUUUUGGUUGAGGUUCUUAUGCUCAGUCUUUUACAUUAUUCUAACCUUGUAAAUUUAAUCGGUUACUGUGCUGAUGGGGACCAGAGGCUACUUGUCUAUGAGUUCAUGCCCUUGGGAUCAUUGGAAGAUCAUCUUCAUGAUCUUCCACCUGAUAAAGAACCAUUAGAUUGGAAUACAAGAAUGAAGAUAGCAGCAGGUGCGGCCAAAGGUUUGGAGUAUCUUCAUGACAAGGCAAAUCCUCCUGUCAUUUAUAGGGAUUUCAAGUCAUCUAACAUAUUACUGGAUGAAGGGUUUGUUCCAAAGGUUUCAGACUUUGGGCUGGCAAAACUUGGUCCUACUGGAGACAAGUCGCAUGUCUCCACAAGGGUCAUGGGAACUUAUGGUUAUUGUGCUCCUGAGUAUGCUAUGACUGGGCAAUUGACGGUGAAAUCUGAUGUCUACAGUUUUGGGGUUGUCUUCCUGGAACUUAUCACUGGACGUAAAGCAAUCGACAGCACCCUACCUCACGGAGAGCAAAAUCUCGUCACCUGGGCUCGGCCUUUAUUCAAUGACCGGAGAAAGUUUGCCAGGUUAGCAGAUCCUCGGCUACAGGGUCAGUAUCCAAUGCGAGGACUUUAUCAGGCUCUGGCAGUAGCAUCCAUGUGUAUCCAGGAACAGGCUGCUGCCCGUCCUCUCAUAGGGGAUGUGGUAACUGCACUCUCUUAUCUUGCAAAUCAGGCAUAUGAUCCCAGUGCAGCUCCUGGACUGGGUUACAGGUUUACCAAUGAUAAAGACGAGAAGAGAAACAAAGACGAGAGAGGUGGAAGAAUCACAAGAAAUGAAGAGGGUGGAGGAUCUGGACGCAAGUGGGAUUUGGAAGGAUCCGAAAAGGAGGACUCUCCUAGAGAAACUGCAAGGAUGCUAAAUAGGGAUUUGGACAGGGAAAGAGCUGUUGCGGAGGCAAAGAUGUGGGGUGAAAAUUGGCGGGAAAAAAGGCGUCAAAAUGCUCAAGGCAGUUUUGAUGGAAAUAACGGGUAGAGUAGCCUGCUUGUAUAUUGAUGAAAGGCCUCAUCUUCCACCUCGGCCUGAAUUUCCAGUUUGCAGUGCCAAGGGAGAGAAGAACCCUGGAUGCUAAAUAACCUCUUCCGACGGGAGUGAGCUUCUGGAUACAAUGGGGGAAGGACGGGGCGGACGUUUUUAUUUAUUUACUUUUUCCCCCCUCCUUGUAUUACCCUCUUUUUGUUUUUUUCUUUUCUUUUUCUUUUCUCUUUUCAGAACAAAAGAAGAAGAGUUGAGUGUACAUUUACAGGAAAGUAGAGCAAGCAGAAGAGCAGGACGUAUAUAAACAAAAUUUUGGAGUAAAGCACGUCGUGAGUUGCACUCUUCUGCUGGCUUUUCGUAGGCUCGUCAUAAACAAAACAUUCUUCUACUGUCUGUAAUCAGCUAGCCUUCUUCUGUAGCAAUGUUACUACAAAAGUAACCGAACCACUACACUAGGGUCGAUUGAGUUACCUAUGCAUUCGGGAAGGACCCCUUCUUGAAAGACUGCUGCAUCUUAUUCUUACAGCAGAUGAAACUUCUAGCUUUCCAGUCCGCUUUUCAUAGAUGAAAAGCAAACUUAAAGCUAGAGAAUGGAGAAAGAUCUUGCUUCUGAGUUAUAACA